AUGUCGCGACGAAGUCACCGGGUUCGAAAAAAUUUAAUAAAAAGCCAAAAUUCUUCCGUGGCACCCCCCGCCACACAACCCCCUGUGGUACCCCCUGUAGUAUCCCCUGUGGUACCACCCGCUGGGGGCACACAACCGCCGUCUGGAAAUGGAAAUGCUACCAGCGGUGGUGGUGGUAGUGGAGGUGAUGGUGGUGGUGGUGGGUUGACAAUGAAGUUAUUCAGCGUUUGCCUCGGUGACGAGAAUUGUACAACAGUUGCCAACAGUUACUGUGCUCCGAGCAAGUUUAACGAAGAUGCUAAGAGGUGUGCUUGCAAGACAGGUUUCUCUGAUUGGAACACAAAUGGGAUUUACACCUGUGAAUUGAUAGCUCAGCCUAAUGAUCCGGCCUGUAAAGAGUGCACCGAAAACGAAGGAAUUUGCAUAUUAGUCGCUGGCGCCGCCAAAUGUCAAUGUCCAGCCUCAAAAUCUGGAGAUAAGUGCGAGAACACGCAAGGCUACCUGGCAAACAACACGAACGCGCAGUCGUUACCAACAGCCGCUCCUCCUUCGGUUACAAAUUCGACCUCUUCCCCAGUGGCACCCCAAGAAGAUAAUGACGUCAUUGACGUGAAGAAUGGCUGUCCGGCUGGCUUCUAUACGUUGAAUUUGACACUGGCUAUAAAUCAAACUGACCACUGUGGAACUGUUGUAAAAUCAGAUUUUCAGAGAUUUGCGACUGGCGAAUACGCCGGUAUUGGAGUUGUACAACCAAACGGAAAUGAUCGUGGAGUUCAGGUGACAGCAAAUCUAAAGAUGGAGAUCCUGAAUGCAUUCGGGCAGCCGUUAUCUGGCGAUGCCGUCGUUGUGAUCGGGGAUCAAUUGAAGUUCAAGGUCACCCUGGUGAAAGAUGAGAAUUACAAGCUAGCCCAGGUGCGUCGGUGUUACGCCUCCUCAUCAUUCAUGCUGACCGACAGCUUCGCAGAGAUCAGAUCACUCAUGUCCAACGGAUGUCCUUUGAGCACGGAAGCAACAAAAGACUCGUGGUAUUGGACCAGUAGCUCGGACGACAACACUUACAACCUGACGACUGGGCUGGUCACUAUGUUCAAGAUGAUAACCUCAGAGAAUGUCUACCUCUACUGCAACAUCAGACUGUGUCUUGGCGGAUAUGAAGAUGCGUGUCCAACACUGACAAAGGAAAACUGCACUACCGCGCGAAGGAAGAGAGCUGUGGGAACUCAACUGACACGCUUCAAGAGAGCUGCCAGCCUAUCGCCGACGGCCAGUUCGACGGUCGGUUCCGGCAUUCGUGUGGUCGAUCCGGGUGGCAUCGGACAGAUGAGUGGGACUAUGACGACGAUUUUUGCCGUAGUGUUUAGCGUUCUUGUGGCUGCAGUGGUAGUGGCGGUGGUCGUGGGAGCUCUGAUCAUGACGCGACGCAAGAAGAACACGGGUCAACACCCCGAGAGAUUCGCACAGCCGAGGGUCAGAACUGGCAACACCAAAUUUUGA